UCGUAUGAAUAACGGAAAGACGAAGUGGCGUUGACUACUGAGCAUGAGUGGAUGCCUGGAUGGUGUUGUGAUGGAGCUGAGAAGCAUGUCCGACGCGCUCCAAUUGCACGCGCAACUCCUGAAAGGGGGCACCCAAAACGACGACGCAGCGCGCAACGUCUCCAAGCUCUUCACUUUCGCCGCCCUCUCUCCCGGCGGCAACCUCUCCUACGCUCGCCUCCUCCUCCGCUCCAUCCCCCGCCCCAACUCCUAUUACUACAACACCAUCAUCCGUGCCUAUUCCCGCAGCCCCGACCCCACCCACCACUUCCACGCCCUCUCUCUCUUCCUCUCCAUGAUCCACUACCAACCACCCCAACCCGAUAACUUCACUUACCCCUUCCUCCUUAAGUGUCUUGCCCGCUUGAAACUCACCCCACAAGGCAAACAGAUCCACGCUCUCAUCACUAAGACGGGUUUUGGGUCUGAUCAGUAUAUCCAGAACACCUUGAUCCAUAUGUAUUCUGAAUUCGGCGAGUUGGGGUUUGCUCGCGAGGUGUUUGAUAGAAUGCCUCUUAGGGAUGUGGUUUCUUGGACUUCAAUGAUUGAUGGCCUUGUCAACGCUGAUCGCCACGUCGACGCCUUGGCCUUGUUUGAUAGCAUGCUGAAGGCUGGGAUAGAGGUCAAUGAUGCCACGGUGAUGUCUGUUUUGAGGGCCUGUGCUGAAACCGGAGCUUUAAGUGUGGGGAAGAAGGUGCACAUGAUUGUGAAGGAGAAGAGGAUUGAUUCUAAGGCGAAUGUUGGCACUGCCCUUGUUGAUAUGUAUGCUAAAAGCGGGUGCUUAGAGAGUGCACGGAACGUGUUUGACAAUGUUGUGGACAAGGAUGUUUUUGUUUGGACCGCCAUGAUCUCUGCCCUUGCUAGCCAUGGAAUGUGCCAGGAAGCUAUUGGGAUGUUUGCUGAGAUGGAAACCUGUAGGAUAGAACCUGAUGAGAGGACAAUGACAGCGGUUCUCUCGGCGUGUAGGAAUUCAGGCUUGGUUAAUGAAGCUUACGUGUUUUUGAAUGAUGUGCCAAAACGUUAUGGUAUAGAGCCUACAAUUCAGCAUUUUGGCUGUGUGGUGGACCUCCUCGCGAGAGCAGGGUGUUUGAAGGAAGCCGAGGAUUUCAUUAAUACAAUGCCUAUCAAGCCUGAUGCAGUUCUUUGGAGGACCAUGAUAUGGGCCUGCAAACUUCAUGGGGAUACCGACAGAGCAGGGCGUCUCAUGAAACACCUCAAACUACGAAAGAGAACUGCUGAUGAUGAUAGUGGGAGUUACAUACUCGCUAGCAAUGUUUAUGCGUCUGCUGGGAAGUGGUGUAACAAAGCAGAGGUGAGAGAGUUGAUGAACAGAAGGGGAUUAACUAAGCCUCCAGGGUGUAGUAGGAUUGAAGUUGAUGGCACUGUAUGUGAAUUUUCUAUGGGAGAUUAUAAUCACCCUGAAGCAGAGAAAAUAUAUAACAAAUUGGAUCAGAUUGUAGAUGAAAUUAGAAAGGAAGGGUAUAAUCCGAGAGUAUCAGAGGUGUUGCUUGAGAUGGAUGAUGAGGAUAAAGCCAUUCAGUUACUUCAUCAUAGUGAGAAGCUAGCUCUUGCAUAUGGAUUAAUCAGGAAUAGGCAGGGUUCCGAAAUCCGGAUUGUGAAGAAUCUAAGGUCUUGUGAGGACUGUCAUGAGUUUAUGAAACUAGUGUCUAAGAUCUACCAAAGAGAGAUCAUAGUAAGGGACAGGAUACGUUUCCAUCAUUUCAAAAAUGGUGACUGCUCUUGCAAGGAUUACUGGUAGCUAUGGUAUCUGCUUUGACCAUGGAAACAUUCGAAUUAAUGUUCAGUGACGAUGUGGACAUGAUUGAAGAUCAUGAAUGAAACUCAUUAAUCAGCAAUGGCACAGUUCUGAUCAGAUACAUGAAUGUAUGAAGUAAACUGAUUAUAUUGGUCAUUGAUAAAUAGAUUGGUUGUAUGAAGUUAACGGUUUGAGUAAAGGGAUAUGAAAGGGGGAACCACGUUUAUUUUUGGAGUUAGUUGUUCACUCGAUGAUUUAUUGUACAUGGUACAGUCAAGUGAUUAACUUGUUCUCCUUCCGCUGCUUAGUGCUUAAUUUCUGUAAAUUACAUAUUGUUUAGAUAAGAUACUGAUAAUAUACUAAUCUCUUGCCAGUUGAUGUGAGGCCAGGAGGGAGGUUGGUUUGGGUACCUUUGGUUCCGAUCGAACUAUCUUUUCUGAAAAAAUCUUUUUUGCUGCAUUCCUUUUGACCUCCACUUCCGUCUCUUUAUGCUGCCUCGCUUCUCUUGGUUGCAUCUGGUGGAUGAUCGGCGUUUGUCACUUUGUUAGCUGUCCAAUGCGGUGUCUCUUCCUCCUUUUAAUCUCAUUCCUUCUUUAGUUCAUUGAACUGGCAUCUCCUUUAGCAUGCUUGAUCCGUUUCCAUGAUUUUUUUUUACCGAUGGGAGUAGAGUUCCUGGACUUGAUGAUGCUGGAGUUCAUUGAACUGGUAUCUCCAUUAGAUGCUUGAUCUUUAAGUUGCUUUUAUUUAUUUAUAUUUUUGACUACUUGGUCUUUGUUUGUAUACCUUAUUGGCUUUAUUAUGCUCUAUUAUUCAGUUCUAGGUUCGCUGUUCUU